AUGAUCGUUUCGGAGAAUUUGCGUCUGACAGAAGACGGCAGGAUCUACCGCAGCGGGCGUAAAACCUACCCGAACGGCGAUACUUACUCCGGCGAGUUUGUGGACGGCCUACGAGAAGGGCAGGGGGUUCUCACGUAUAUCACUGGCAACACGUACCACGGGCAGUUCAAGGCCAACCAAUUCCAUGGCCUCGGCUGUAUGAAGUAUGGGCCAUUGAUCGAGAACGGGAAGGAAAUUUGCGGUCGUGUCUACGAGGGGGGGUGGGAGAAGGGACUCAAGAAAGGGGAAGGCGUUAUGCAUACUGGAACAGGGCAGGUUUAUGAGGGGAGUUUCGAUGCUGACCUGUACCAUGGCCAUGGCGCCUUACGAGGUCCAGGGAAGGACGUCCUCGAGGGAGACUGGAAGUGGGGCAGGUUGAACGGUGAGGCAGAUUGUAAGUACAAAGGAGGUUUGAGGUACACGGGCUGGAUGCUAAAUGGUGAGUUUCAUGGCAAGGGGAAGUUCGUGUUCGGCAAGAAGGGGGGCUGGUACGAGGGGCACUACAGGCUCGGCAGGCAGGACGGCAUGGGCACCCGGAAAUAUUCCAACGGAAACCUGUACGAAGGCAGCUUCAGCGAGGGGGAGGCCAGCGGAGAGGGGACGAUGCGCUACGCUAAUGGCGACGUGUACGUGGGGGAGUGGCAGGGCGGACAGAGAGAGGGCAAGGGGGUGCUGUCCUUGGCCAACGGCGACAGGUACGAGGGGGACUUCUUGAAGGGGCAGAUUCACGGCCGCGGACGCUACAUGUGGUCAGACGGGGGUCAUUACGAGGGCGACUACAUGGCUACAUCGAGAGGUAUCGGGCACGACGUGAGAUUUCCGCUCCCGAACAGUCUCCGGCACGGUCGGGGGAAGAGGGUCUGGGCCAACGGGGCCACCUACGACGGCAGGUGGGAGAACGACCGCAUGGAAGGGGACGGGGUUCACGUCUGUGCCGAAGGCUCGCGCUACGAGGGCCAACUGCGGGCCAACUACCGCCACGGUCAGGGAAGAUGUCAGUGGGGUAACAGACACGAUACACCGUUCAGGUGUCCCUUGGGGUACACUCACGCCGGGCGGGGUUACUGCGUCUACGAGGGCGGAUGGAAACUUGGACACUGGGAAGGACAAGGAAAGUUCCUGUGUGUCGACGACCGCACCGCCGAGGGCACCUGGAAGAAGGGAAAAAUGGACGGCUGGGCCACUUCCGAGCUGAUGCUGGCGCACGAGCGAGGCGACCCGCGUCGCAUGUUCAUCGGAGGUGUGGGGGGUCUGUACAGGGUAUCCAGAUACUCGGGUCAGUGGAGCGAAGGUGUUCGACAGGGUCUGGGGGUGGCCGAAUACACGAACAAGGAUCGACUGAUCGGGAACUUUGUCGGAACUCAACUCGAUGGGUAUGGCGUUUACUCGUUUGGUGCUUCAGGCAAGGCAAGAGCCGCCUUCUGGAGGAUGGGCAAUCGCGAACGGUGGGUGGAAGACAAGGAAGUGGAGGCCAACGGGCAGCUUGCCGCGACCGCACUGAAAACCAUACGCGCCACCCCCGGGGCGCUCGUGUCAGGCGACCUUGGGGAGCUCAAAGAACUCUGGCGGGUCGCCUCCGGCGCCGGGGAGAUUACUCUUGAAGCUCUCGCCAAGAUUCGCAACAAUUGGGUCGAUCUUCCCAUGAACCACAGAUUAUCGUCGUACCAACGAAGGCCCGCAGUGGCAGCAGCAGCAACAGCGAGACAGCAUCACCAGCAUGAGCAGCGGUUGGAGGCUUUCGAAGAAACAAGCAUCGAAGAUGCCGCCAACAGCGGUGCGAGCUGCAGCAGCGCCCGAAGAGACAAAGCCGCCAGUGUCGGCAGCAGAAGUAAAAGCAGCGGCAGCGGGCAGAGAUAG